AUGCUAUGUUCAGCAGCGAAAAAUGUCGGCUCUGCGCUUGAAGAUCUAAUGGAGGUGGAGAUCCUGGCAACUGCACUAAAAUUACAAUGUCAACUGGGAGAUUUAGAGUUCAUAAAUUCGAUUCUGACUCUGAGUUCCAUUUCGUAUAAACUGGAUCAAUACUAUGCACGAGACAAUCUGGUGCCUGUGGGCUCGCCACCAACUCCCCUGUGCUCUUGGCUUAGAAGAUUUUACUCAGUGCUCUUGGCCAAGUUCACACUCUACUGGUACUCUGUCCUGCGCAGUGGAGCAAUCAAUCCGGCCGAUGUGCAAGAGGCUGUGUCAAAGGAAAAUCCCGAUAUCGUUUCUCAAAUCGAGGAUUUUGUCAGCACGAAUGAGGGAACCAAUGUAUCCCUCUUCUUUGAUGCCUAUCUUCAGGAUUUUGCCUAUCUAGGCCACAGUUACGUGCCUCCAGGGGCGGCUGAAAUGUAUGUCAAGAGUUCUGUUGCCAUUCCCUGCAUCUUCACCAUGCCUCCCGCGGAGUCAAACACGCUACCAAUGAGUGAAUACGCCGUGAUAAUGCGUGCGGUAAAUUCGCUGCUUUCCCUAGAUGCCUCAAUCAUGCCACGGGAGAUCAUUGCACUGCACGAGGUGCAGCUGCAGAAGACCUUCCUUGUGCUCAAGGUGGAGUUGCGUAUCUACAUGGCGGUUGCGGUGGUGGACGAGAGCGGUGAGCAGACCGAAAACGCGCACAUUCGGGACUUCAUUUGCAAGCUGUGUGACUGUAUUCAGAUGAUUGACCUCACUCGAUCCCUCCAGGCGUGGGCCUAA